AAGCUAGUAGCUCUUCGUCCGCGCUCAUCAGCGGUCGUCAGUCACGGCACAGAUUUACAAUACAGCUCAUUGUGGCAGGGCAGACCCACAAAAGCCGCAAGUCUGUAACUUGAUCCGCCGCCAGAAAAACAAAUAAGCCAACAACAAGCUCGAAUAUUGGGUCUCUCUGGGUACUCUUCUCGUCAGUUCACGCACGUCGGAUUAGCAGCGCUUCUGUGGAAAAUGUUUCGAGCAACAGAAAUCGGCAGCGAAGAAACCCUGCCAGCCCUUGCGGAGCUCACGCAGGCCAGCUAUGAGCCGGAGGGACGGGACAUCGAGUGGGGAGCCUGGGGCCAGAGCCAGAACAGUGAGCGAAAACUUCUAAAGUCGCGCCAACGCAGCUCUCUGCCCAACUAUGGCUUUGCUCCCCCACCUAUUCGCAUGGAGUACCGGUACCCGCGCGCCGUGUACUUUAUACUCGCCACCAAGUUCUUCGAGGCCUUUGCCGCGAACGGCAUACGCACCAUUCUCGCCCUCUAUCUGCGCGAUGAUCUCAACUUCACGGAGAGCUUCUCCACGGUGGUGCUGCACAUAUUCAACUUCUUCGGCCAGUUCUGCCCCAUUAUCGGGGCCGUUCUGGCAGACAGCUACAUGGGAAAUGUGCGCACAAUUUCCGCCUUCUGCUUCCUCUACGCCUUCGGAUGGCUGCUGCUGACCAUGACGUCGCUGCCCUCUAUGGAAGUACCAAUUAUCCUGCUAGUGUCGAUUGCCCUGCUGUUCCUGGCAGUGGGAAACGGCUCGAUCCGCGCCUGCAUCACGUCGUUGGGCGCCCUUCAGUUCAAGAUGCCCGAACAGGCUGUCCAUCUUUCAGAGUAUUUCUCCUUCUACUAUUUCGUCUAUUACUUUGGCAUCUUUCUGAGCAAGAUUCUGCCACCGCUGGUGCGGACCAACACGCAAUGCUUUGACAAGGCGGAAUGCUACCCUGCCGUCUUCGGCACCCUCGAAAGCGCCUUCCUGAUGGCCUGGCUCAUAUUUCUGAUUGGAAAAUGUUUCUACAAGACCGAGAAGCUGGCCGAUGACAAUAUACUCUUCAAAUUCUGUGGCUGUAUAAAGACGGCCCUGGUGACGAAGUGGCGUCGUCGCAAGUCCAACAAGCGCUCCAGCUAUUGGCUGCACAAUGCCAUUGGUGUCUAUGACGAGGGCUUCGUAAACGACGUCUCCAAGGUCCUGAGGAUCUCAAAGCUAUUUCUUCCACUUCCAUUCUACUUCGCUCUGUUGGCCCAGCAGGACUCCAGCUGGACCUUCCAGGCGGCCAUGAUGAACACCACAGUGCUGGGGGUGGUCAUCCAGCCGGAUCAAGCCAAGGCUGCGGGCCCCAUCUUCCUCUUCAUGCUCAUCCCGCUGUGGCAGUACGUGACUGUUCCAUUGCUCCGUCGCUACUUCAAUUGGGAGCUAAGUCCCCUGAACAGCGUCACUGUGGGCGGCAUCUGCUCCGCUGGUUCCUUCUUCUGUGCUGGCGCCCUACAGCAAGAGAUUAUGAAUGCGCCCAUCCAGACGAUCAACAUUUCCUGGCAGCUGCCGCAGUUCUUCCUGCUGAUGCUGGGCGAACUGCUCCUGUCCAUUCCGGGGCUGCAGUUCGCCUUCACGCAGGCGCCUGCGUCCAUGAAGUCCGUGGUGACGGCCACGUGGUUCCUGAACAAUGCCUUCGGCAACCUCAUUGUGGUUGUGGUUACCGAGCUGGGACUGCUCAGUUCCCAGAUGGCCGAGUACUUUUUCUACGCGGUGAUCAUGUUGGUGUGCAUCAUAAUCUUUGCACUCCUCGCAUACGACUACACGCUGCAGGAGCGUAAGGGCGGUCUGUAUUUGAGGGGCUGCUUGGAUGGCUCCGACUCGGAUGAGCUGGAUAUCCCCAGCACAAGUCGCAGCGACAGCAUCUAGGCACUUCAUUUCUAGGAGAUCGGAAGAG